AUGUCCGCUUCGGUGAAUGAUGCCGUCAAGUAUGGCGUCGACGACACCGCGGAGCGCAAACCCGCACCUAAGGGCGGUGCAAGCAACUACAAGGGCUUUGUAGGGGGCAUCUUUUCUGGCAUUGCCAAGUUGAGUGUUGGACAUCCCUUCGACACCAUCAAAGUGCGCCUGCAGACCUCCAACAAGACCCAAUUCCGCGGCCCCCUCGAAUGCCUCCUCCAAACCGUCCGCAAUGAAGGCGUGCGCGGGCUCUACAAAGGCGCAACUCCCCCCCUAAUCGGCUGGAUGUUCAUGGACUCAGUCAUGCUCGGCUCCCUAACAGUCUACCGGCGCCUCCUCCUCGAAAACGUCUUCAGCCCGCGAAGGGACGCUCAUGCUACUGUGUCCUCGCUGCACCAACUCCCUUCAGUCGGCCACGGUAUCGCGGGCAUCUUCGCCGGCUGGACCGUCAGCUUCAUCGCUGCGCCUGUCGAGCACGUCAAGGCUAGGCUGCAGGUGCAGUAUGCGGCUGAUAAGGCGAAGAGGGUGUACAAGGGACCGAUUGACUGCACCAAGAAGCUCCUCCGUGGCCACGGCUUCAGAGGCCUCUACCACGGCCUCUCCGCCACCCUCCUCUUCCGCACCUUCUUCUUCUUCUGGUGGGCCUCCUACGACGUCUUCACGCGCCUCUUAACCACCCACACCGCCCUCUCCACCCCGGCCAUCAACUUCUGGGCCGGCGGCCUGAGCGCGCAGAUCUUCUGGAUCACGUCCUACCCGAGCGACGUGGUCAAGCAGCGCAUCAUGACGGACUCGCUGGGCCCGGAUAGAAGAUUCCCGAGAUGGAGGGACGCUGCCAAGGCCGUGUGGAGGGAGAAUGGGUGGAGGGGGUACUGGAGGGGGUUCGUGCCAUGCUUUUUGAGGGCGUUUCCCGCGAAUGCGAUGGCGCUUGUGGCGUUUGAGGGGGUGAUGAGGGCGUUGCCGUAG